CUGCACAAGAUGAUGAAGGUUACCAUGUUUCUGUUGGUUGCUGUGUUGAUCUUGACCCAGUACACCAGUGUUCAGUCGUGUGCUGUUGAUAAUGCGAUUGACCAGAAGAUCGCGGCAUCUGUUGCCGCCAAAGUGACCGCUGCCCUGGCAAAUGCCCAUCUGGUUUGUACAAAUGUGCAUUCAAGGGGACGUCUUGCCGUCUGUCCUUCAGGUUACAAAAUUACUGCCUGUGCCUGUGGAUAUGGUUGUGGUUCCUGGGAUAUUCAGGGUGAAAAUGUCUGUCACUGCCAGUGUGCCGUCAUGGACUGGGCAUCUGCCCGGUGUUGCAAAGUGGGCAUCUGAUAAUUCCUCAGCUGCUUGCUGGCUUUGUGGAUCAA